ACUUCCCUAAACCAGAUGGGACCACCAACCUUAUGUCAAUAUUGGACCACCACCCUUAAGUCAAUAUUUGCCGUUUCAAAGAAGGCAGGAGCAGAACAUUCACCUUUUAACUUUGUUUUUGACUGCGAGAUCUCCGGCGGAGCCACCGUAGACCCUUUGGUUGGUGUUUCCCUCGAGUACCCCAGGGCGGUCUCCCCAGUUGGCUCGAUGAAGAUGGCCAUCUGUCUCCCUCCACUUUUCCUCCACCUCCUCCUCAUCCUCAUUCCUUGGGGCAAAACCGAUGGAGCUCAAGAGACUGAGGGCCCCCCAGAGAUUCGCCUUGACACGGGGCAGCAACCAGAAGGGGAUGCACCCAGGACAGCCACCCUCCUGCGGGACCUGGUGGGGAAGAACACUGACUUUGGCUUCAAGCUCUUCCGAAGAAUCACCUCCAGGCACGACGGCAAUGUCGUCUUCUCCCCAAUCUCAACGAUGUACGCCACGAUGGCCCUGAUGCUCUCCAUGCGCAGCCCAAACUCACAGCCCUGGGGAGAUGCUGAGCCAUCUCUCCCACUCCGGCUCCUUGGGCAGCUCGGGGACAUCCUCUUGGGAAACCGCAACCUCUCUCUCGACCGGGGGAGCUUUGCUUUUGUUGACAGACACUUGGAAAUAGAGGAGAACUUCCUCAACCUGAGUAGAAGCUACUUAAACAUGACAUACGUGCCUGUGGACUUUAGUGAAAUGGUGGAGGCCAGGACGGUCAUCAACCGUCACAUUGAGGAGGAGACUCAAGGAAAGAUCCCGCUGCUCCUGCAAGACAUUGAGCCCGAUGUUCGAGCAAUCCUAGCAGACUACAUCUUCUUCAAAGGGAAAUGGCUGCACCCAUUCGACCCCUCCGACACCAGACUGGAAACCUUCCACCCAAGUAGGUACAGCACCGUCCUAGUGCCCACCAUGUCCCAGGUCAACCACUUCACCACAACAUACGAUCAGGACCUGGGGUGCACUGUGCUCAGGCUCCCCUUCAGAGGGAAGGCAAGCAUGCUGGUGAUCAUUACAGACAUCCCUGGGGAGCACCUCUCCAUCGAGGACUACUUCACUGUGGAACUGUUGGACACCUGGCUAAGCCGCAUGGAAGUCCGCCAAAUGGAGGUCUUCCUGCCAAAGUUCAAGCUAGAUCAGCAAUACAAGAUGCACCAACUGCUGAAGAGGAUGGGAAUCAAAAGCAUCUUCUCCCAGGGGGCAGACCUCAGUGGAUUCGCGGCUCCAAAGGAGGCUUUCAAAAUCUCUAAGAUUGUGCAGAGGGCAGCAAUCGAGGUUGAUGAGAUGGGAGCAACAGCAGCGGUGGCAAUGGCAUCUGAGAUCACAGCCUAUGCAAUGCCUCCUGUCCUCAGGGUUGACCGGCCCUUCCAUUUUAUGAUCUAUGAAGACGUCUCGAGAGCACUACUCUUCAUGGGCAGAGUCGUUGACCCAUCAUGACUCUGACGUGUCCAUCUGUGCAACCCAUGGCAUGGUUCAACACAGACCUUUCCAUGAGGACCCCUGGCCAUCUCAGAUAGCCAUUCUCUUGAGGCUUCCUGGAGAGGACGUCUGACCUGGAGUCUCUCAGGCCCAAAAGAAGGGGCGGCAGGUUAAUAAAAAAUUGAAGCGAUAAUCUCUCAUG